GGUCACACUUUGCGUUCUUGAGGUGGCGGGACAAUUGGCUUCUAGUUUCGUUUUCGAUCGUUCGGCAGUAGAAAUGUCAAUGUAACCAUUGAUUUUAAGGCUAAGAAGUGCAAAACUGGGUGCAUAUCCAUUCCAGAUGAGCUCCGAAGACGAGGACUCGCGCGUAGAGCGGAGAUUCUGCGCCAUCGGCAACCAUACGCUGCGGAAGCCAUUCCGCGAACUGAACAACAAGUAUUUGGUGCACUUCGCCUGGCGGCUGAACAGCGAAAUUCGGGUGGGCCAACUCAUCUGCUGCAAGUGUUACACGCACCUGGUGCGACUAUACCGGAAGAAGAACGACAAUGCCAAACAGCAUAAGAUGGCCAGGGAGAAUGCCGCCAGCGUUACGGACGUAAGCGGCAGUCAGUUUUCGCAACAAAGUGCCAUUACAAGUGCCACAGCGGGCACCGCUGCACAGGAAUCCCAGAACUCCAGCCAAAGCUCCGAUUUCGGUGCAUCGUACAGUCAAGGCGUUGUGACAGCCGAUGGAGUAAUGGGCUCCAGUGGAAACUCAAGUCACGAAUCGGACAACGUGCCCACUACUAGCGCUGCAGCGAUCAGGAAACGCCAGCUGGCGAGGACCAAUAAUACGGCGAAACCAACGCAGAGGAAAAGUUUGGCCUUGACUACGCCGGAUAGUGAUGACUACGACCCCAAUUCCAAUCUCAGUCUGAACGCCGUGAAUGGCACUCGACUGCCUCACAUUCAGCCGAUUCCAAAGAGGCGCCCGACCGUUCUGGACCAGCCAUUCAUGGACAUUUACUUGCAGGGGACCACUGGUGGUUAGCAGAUUUGAUUGAUUGUGACUAGAUGGCAAGAUAUGUUGAAGUUUGUUUCUGAGAUUCAGAUAAUUUGAUAUUUUUCUACCCUAGAAUAAUAAUAGUUGACAAUGUUUAUUUGGCAGGAGCCACGCAAAGAUAGCAGUUUAAGGAUUUAUUUAAAAGAUCCGCAGGAGGUUAAUAAUUUGAUGAUAUAUACGUUUAUUAUAUGAUUGAAGUAA